CACUGCAUCCCCUCCAUGCUCCAUGCCUUUAAACCCUAAUUUGAAACCCCAAACCCUAAAUCUCGUCUCAUCCUCCACGCCGUUUAAUAUCUCUCUAUACAGCCUCUCCAUCUCUCCGCCACAUUUUAGCGUUGGUCCACCCUUCACCUCCGCUACUCCUCCAUUACGUCCACCACCGAACCCAUAGCCAUGUCCGAAGUCGAGUUCUCUCGUUCAGAGAAGAAAAAGAAGAAGCACCAGCUCUCCAAAGAUGAGCCACUCGAGCCAACCCAGAAGGACUCUGGGGACUUCAUGAUCAAGCCCCAGAGCUUCGUCCCCUCCAUCGACACCUCUCAGUGGCCGAUCCUUCUCAAGAACUACGACCGCCUCAACGUGCGAACCGGACACUACACCCCUCUCCCCUCAGGUUAUUCCCCUCUCAAGCGCCCACUUGAGCAGUACAUCAAGUACGGUAUUAUCAACCUCGACAAGCCCGCUAACCCAUCUUCCCAUGAGGUCGUUGCCUGGAUCAAACGGAUCCUCAAGGUCGAGAAAACGGGUCACAGUGGUACCCUCGAUCCAAAAGUCACCGGGAACCUGAUUGUGUGCAUUGAUCGAGCCACCAGGCUCGUGAAAUCACAACAGGGUGCUGGGAAAGAGUAUGUCUGUAUUGCUAGGCUGCAUUCUGCGGUGCCCGAUGUGUCCAAGGUGGCUCGGGCGCUGGAAACGCUCACUGGGGCUGUGUUUCAGAGGCCGCCCUUGAUUUCCGCGGUGAAGAGGCAGCUUAGGAUUAGGACUAUAUAUGAAAGUAAGCUUCUUGAGUAUGACGCAGAUAAGCAUUUGGUUGUUUUCUGGAUUUCUUGUGAGGCAGGGACUUAUGUGAGGACGUUGUGUGUGCAUUUGGGUCUGAUUCUUGGGGUUGGAGGGCAUAUGCAGGAGCUGAGGAGGGUGAGGUCUGGGAUUUUGGGCGAGAAAGAUAACAUGGUUACGAUGCACGACGUGUUGGAUGGGCAAUGGAUUUAUGAUAAUUACAGGGAUGAGAGUUAUUUGAGGAGGGUGAUUAUGCCGCUCGAAGUGAUUUUAACCAGUUAUAAGAGGUUGGUAGUGAAGGAUUCGGCUGUGAAUGCUAUUUGUUAUGGUGCCAAGUUGAUGGUUCCGGGGUUGUUAAGGUUUGAGAAUGAUAUCGAGGUUGGGGAGGAGAUUGUGCUAAUGACUACCAAAGGAGAAGCAAUUGCGCUGGGAAUUGCGGAGAUGACGACUGCGGUGAUGGCAACUUGUGAUCAUGGCGUUGUGGCGAGGAUUAAGAGAGUGGUGAUGGACAGGGAUAUGUACCCAAGGAAGUGGGGAUUGGGGCCGAGGGCGUCAAUGAAGAAGAAAUUGAUAGCAGAGGGGAAGUUGGAUAAGCAUGGAAAGCCGAAUGAGAAUACCCCUCAAGAAUGGGCUAGGAAUCUGGUUUUACCAACUGGUGGGGAUUCUGUGGUUGCAAGCCUUGCAGCUGCCACUGAGCCGGCUUCAGUGAAGGAGAAGAAACAGAGGAAUGAAGAUGGGGAGGGGCGUAAGCGGAAGCUGGAUGAAGUCCAAGGAGUUGAGAAGGAAGCGAGCGUGAAGGUUAAGAAGCAGAAGGAAGAUGAUGUGGAGGUUGAUGUUGAUGUUGAAAAGAAGGAGAAGAAAAAGAAAAAGAAGGACAAAGAGGAUGGUAAUGCGGAGUCAUUAGGUCACGAGAAGGCUGAGAAGGAGAAGAAGCAUAAAGUUAAGGUUGAAGCUGGUUCACCUGAAGCAGAGAAGUCUGAGAAGAAGAAGAAAAAGAGCAAAAAGGCCGAGGAUGGUGGUGCUGCAUCGCCCGCCAGCGUUGCUAAUGGUGCAGAUAAUGGUGAGGCUGAUACUAGCGAGAAGAAGAAGAAGAAGAAGAAAAAGAAGAAUAAAGAUGCUGAGAAUGAAUAGGAAGGACUAUGAUUUCUGUUUUUCAGUUCAUCUUUAAUGAGUUUUUAUAGUUUUGUGCAACUUUUUGAUUCAUUUCCUGGAACUACUUUUUAUGUGGUUGCCUUUUUUUUCUCUGCCUAA